GUCUGCCCCAGGUCUGCCCCGCACUUGAGGCUUUCGGCGAGUCGGAACCUGGUCGCUCAGGUUGAGCACUGGCCUUCACCUCCUAAGUGCUGUUGCUCUUUCCUUCUUGCUUUUCGAAUUCGCGCUGCAGUGCUCGCAAAGUCCAACCAUGCUCGUCAAGUUCCCCCGAUUACCGCUUCGUUCCGCAGGUCUCGAGAAGCUGAGCGCAACAACCCCAAGACGCUUGCAGUCGACAUAUGCGAAGUUUUACUGGGAGGAUCCGUUGAGUCUGGACAGUUUGUUGACGGAAGAAGAGGUCGCUAUCAGGGACACCGCUCGAGCCUUUUGUCAGGAGCAUCUCAUGCCAAAGGUUCUCCACGCAUUGCGUACAGAAGAGUUCAGUCAUGAUGUUCUGCCCUCCAUGGGCGCGCUCGGACUCCUUGGACCUACAAUUCAAGGCUACGGCUGCGCCGGUGUAAGCAGCGUUGCAUAUGGUCUCAUUGCGCGUGAAGUCGAGAGGGUAGAUUCCGGGUAUCGGUCGACCAUGUCUGUGCAGUCAUCGCUGGUGAUGCACCCUAUCAACGAAUAUGGCAGCGAAGCGCAGAAGGAGAAGUACCUUCCACGCCUUGCGAAGGGCGAGAUUGUCGGAUGCUUCGGCCUUACAGAGCCGAAUCACGGCUCCGAUCCCGCUGGGAUGGAGACCGUCGCCGAAGAAGUCGAUGGCGGCUUCGUCCUGAAUGGAGCCAAGACAUGGAUCACGAAUGCACCCAUCGCUGAUCUCUUCGUUGUCUGGGCGCGCUGCAAGUGGGACGGCAAAGUGCGCGGGUUCCUCCUCGAGAAGGGCACGAAGGGCCUCUCCGCGCCCGCGAUCAAGAACAAGCUCGCGUUGCGGUGUUCGCUCACUGGCUCCAUAUUCAUGGACAGCGUCCACGUCGGGCACGACGCGCUCCUCCCCAAGGUGAAGGGCCUCGCCGGGCCCUUCGGCUGUCUGAACAGCGCUCGGUACGGUAUCUCGUGGGGCGCGAUGGGCGCGCUGGAGGACUGCAUCGACCGCACGCGCGCGUACGCGCUCGAGCGGCAGCAGUUCGGGCGCCCGCUCGCGUCGUUCCAGCUCGUGCAGAAGAAGCUCGUCGACGCGCAGACGGAGGCCGCCCUCGGGCUCCAUGCGAGCUACCAGGUGGGCCGGCUGAAGGACGAGGGCAAGAGCGCGCCGCAGAUGAUCAGCCUCGUGAAGCGCAACAACUGCGGGAAGGCGCUUGAGCACGCGAGGAGAGUGCUGGAUAUCCUGGGCGGCAAUGCGUGCUCCGAUGAGUACCACGUUGGCCGCCAUGUCGCGAACCUGCAGGUCGUCAACACGUAUGAAGGGACAUACGACAUUCAUACAUUGAUCCUGGGCAAGGCGAUGACCGACAUCCAGGCAUUCGCGAACUGAAUCAAGCUUGCUGUAUCUUAGUGUAUCAAGAUAGUCGCAUUGGAUAGCUGACAUGUAGACCAAGUGGGUGGUGAUACAUCACAAACGGGACAUAUACCGAAGACGCGAAGGCGAAGUGUAGGUAGGCGGUGGUAAGCUACAUAACAGGGCUACAAGUACGAAGAGGAGACAGCUAGCAAUACAGAAAAAACCGAGAGAGAACCCAAGCGCGAACUCAU